UAUUUUGAUUCCAACCCCAUUUUGUUUUCGAGUGGUUAAAAGUUUAGUUGAAUGGUGAUGUCUGCUUUUGGCACUGAAUAACACCUGUGACAUUUUGUAGAUCUAACACCGUGUUAUCUGUCUGCUUGUGCAAACAUUGUAAAACAUCAGACAAGUAAAAUACCAAAGUGAUGAAGUUGUAGUUAUAAACAGUGUUCUUUAGUUCAUUUAAUAGAAGUCAUUACUUGUUUGUGAUAUAUAAUGUAAUGGUUUAUUUAAAAGUUCCAAUUCGUUUGAAUAAGGCAUUUUAACAUUGAAUAAGUGAAAGGAUACUGGUUAUCUUUCAGUCUUAUGUGGUUAAUUUAUUUGAAAUAUAACACACGUCGUUAGUAUCACUCAAGAUGAUGCCAUCACAUAAUAGAGGUGACAAAUUAAUAGAGAUUGACUCGCCACCAGCGUCUUUUUCCACUCAGUUACAUUUUCAAGACUUUCCAACAAAUGAUUUAAGUGGCGCAGCUAAAUUGGAAGUGAAAAAUUCUCAUACUUUAACAUUUAACCAUCCGUCUCAAACACCUGGAGGAUCUUCUGGACCAGAUAGUACUCCAACUUACAAUGACAAUGCAGACAAACCAGUUUACUCUAUUUGGAGUAUUGAAUACUAUCAACAACUCUUUGAUGUUGAUACAGAUCAAGUCAUUGAAAGAAUAUUAUGGGCAAUGGUGCCUAAACCAGGUGUAAAUUACCUUCAACAGUAUAUUCAAUCCAAACCAGAUCUUUAUGGGCCAUUUUGGAUUUGUAUCACUUUAAUGUUUACAAUUGCAAUAAGUGGAAAUUUAGCUGAUUACCUUCAGACAGCUGCCAGUGGGACAUAUCAUUGGAAGUAUAACUUUCAUGCCGUUACCUUGGCAGGAACAGCAAUAUUUGCUUAUGCUUGGCUCCUCCCAUCAUGUCUAUGGGGAAUUUUAAAAUACCAAGGAGCAGUUCAUGAGGGAGCCAUCACACUGUUGGAGCUGUUGUGUGUCUAUGGCUACUCCUUAGCCAUCUAUGUGCCAGUUUCCAUCUUGUGGGUCAUCCACAUUGGUUGGCUACAGUGGCUGCUAGUUAUUGCUGGAGCAGCUAUGUCAGGAUAUGUGCUGGUGUCAGCUGUCUGGCCAGCAGUGAGUCAGCGCAGUAUGAUGCUGUUGUUCAUCAUCCUCGGGUUCCACUUCUUGCUGGCAGCAGGCUUCAUGCUGUCCUACUUCCAUGCCUCCACAUAGACCACAAUCAAUGCUUUCAACAUUAUUUAUAACUGCUAACUGCUAUGGUUUUAAUUUGUUUGUUGAUAUAAUAGCACAUUAAUUAUGUAAAAUGUGUUUUAUUUGUUUGGGUUAGGUAAAUUCAACAGUUUUAAAGUUUUUAUUACAUUUGAAUUUGUGUUGCAUUUAAUUAUAGUUCAGUAUUAACCAAGAUUUUCUUCAAACAUUUGUCAUAAUAUUUAAAAUGAAUCCAUAGAGAGAAAUCAAAAGUAUAAAUAUUUGUAUAAUUCGAUAAAUAUGUAUAAAACAUCUUGGAAAACUAUAAAGGUCUGUCUAAUCCCAUUUAUUUUCCUAGUGGGUAUAACGAGUAAGUGGAGUAUUCCUUUAUCUUACCAUGUCUAAGGCAAUAGUGACACAAGGCAUUAUUCAUCAGUCACAUUAUUGUAAAGUUAUUAACAAUAAGGGUUCUCACCAACCACAUUUGAGAAUUAUAAUUAUCCCCUUUUAUCACAGCGAAAACUUAAAUUCUAUUUAACAAAUGCAUGCACUCUCUCAUGACUGACAUAAUCUUUACUAACUAUGUCAUCAGUCAAAAGACUCCAAUUACCUUCAUUUAAGCGUAUUUUGAUGAAUCACAGAUUAAUAUUACAAUUUGUUAAAUUUGAACCAGAAGCCAGUUUUAAAACAAGAAAGACUUUUUAAUUAAUGUUGAGUGAAGAUUUUAUGAAUGAAGAAAGUGAAUAUUGUCAUAAUGUUAAUAAUGAUGAAAACAAUUGGAAAGUUAGACUGUAUCAGCCGUGCUAGGAAAAAAGGCAUGAGUAUGUGAUGUUUGUAAUGUAUAUAGAAUGCUUCUAAGGCCUUCACACCACAAAAAUUUUCUAAAAAUAUACAUGUAAAUUUUAUCAAACUGGAAAUGGAUUAUUUUCCUUUCCUCAGAAUUUAUAUAAAAAUUGUGACAAAUAUUGAUUUAAAUUUAUAUUGGGUUUUAUUAGUUAGUAUUAUUUAAUUGUUUUAAAAAUUUAAAUUUAAUUUAAUUUGAAGAAGAUUGUAAUUUGUAAUAGACUAAUUUAAGUAUUUAACAUUGUAAUUUAAGUAUAGACUAUCUGCUUAGUCACAUCCAAAGUAACGAAAAAGAACAAGUAAAAACCUCAAGUUUCUGUGGCACAAUUAACUUUAACAAAGAGUUAAGGUGGAUUCCAAAGAAAGAUUACCUAACAUUUUCUUAACGAUCAGGUUUCUUAAGACUAAAGAUUUUAUAUUAACAUAGUAAUAUAUUUUCUCUAUUCAGCUUCAAGAUAGUACAUGUAUUUUUAUUUUAACCAUUCAGAGUUCUUUGAAUAUACAAAAAACUAUAACAUACUGUUACAGUGUGCAAAUUAACAUGAAGGAAAAUGUGAAACUGAAAUUUGGUUUAACUAAACACAACUUUGAGCACUCUAGUGAUUGGAUACCAACUUAAUAUUAUCUUGUAAAAUACAUUGGAGAUAAAGUUAAUUGCAUUACUUAAAGUUUUCCAAAAUUUGUAAAAUGAACUAAUUUACUAUUUCAAUUGAAAAAGAAUGACAAUUAAGAAUGUGAUGGCUUGUCUUACACGGUUUUUUUCUGUACCUUAGCAGUAUGACAAUCACAUAAUUAAUUAAUUGAACCUUCCUUGUCUGUCUGGCUUACUAUUAUUACAAUGGUGACUUGUAUUUAUUGUGUUGUUUCUGUUUAAAAUGUAUCAAGUGCAUUUAUUGAAUCUCCUGCCAAUUUAAAGUGUGGUCAACCAUCAGAUUUCUGAAUAUAUGCAGUGUUAAAGAAAAUGGUUCUCAUCUUGAUAGGAAACUGAAAGAGAAAAUUUAAUGAUGUCGCACUAUGAGUUCAACAAGAACAUAAUAGACAGUCCUCUUAAGUUAUGGAUACAUGUAGUACACAACAAAUUGGAACAAAAUUGUAUUUUUUUCAGUCAAGUGCAUUAUCUGAAUUUACGGUCUACUACAUAUAAAAUUGUGAUUAUUCAUUUGACUGAUGAAUGUGUUUCUCAGUGGGUUACAGAAAAUGUAGACUGAACUGCACAAUAUGAACCAACUUAAUUGUGUUUUGAGAUUGAUUUGACCAAUAUCAUCUUAUAUAUUUCCAGACACAAUAUUUUUUACAUACUAGGAGAUUACCGAACCUACGUACUGAAAAUUUACAACUUUGUUUUCUUACACCUACAUGGAGCUUACUUUAA